UUCUGUUGUUGUCGCGCGGCGCGCCGCUCGCGCUGAUAACGCGAUGUUCGCCCGGCCUGCGCGUACGCACACACCCCUAUGGAUUUUCGUUCGGAUAUAAUCGAUUGACUUUGGAUUUUUUUUUUGGAUGUUGUGUGAGACGUGAUAGUGAUUGUGUUUAGACUUUUGUGUUUGGUUAAUUUUGCGACGGUUAAUAAGAGUACACCGCCAAGCUGUCUACCGCCGAUGAGCUGCUACCCCAUCACGGCCCGCCGAUAAUAGGUCCGUGGCGCACGAGCCCGAUGAGCGCGUGCGCGGCGGCCGUCAUGCGCGAAAAGCACGCGGCGCCGCGCCGCCUCGCCUCCCCGCCCUCCUCCCCGCGCGACCCCCACUCCCCGCUCGGCUCCCCGCGCGCCGACGAGCCCCUCGACCUGCGGGUGACCCACAAGCGCCCCCAGAGGCUCGAAGACGAGAACUGCAACCUGAUAGCCGCGUCCCCGCCGCCGCACCCGGCGCACCCCGCACACCCGGCCCACCCGGCGCUGCUGCAGUUCUGCCGGCGGCUGCCGCUCGCCCUGCCGGCGUCCUUCGGCCGGUACCCCUUCCUGCCUGCCGCGGCGGCGACGCUGCUCGCGCCCGGCGCCCCUCGCGCGCCCCCGGUGCCGCCCAACCCGGCGGUGAACCGGGCGCGGGACCGCUACACCUGCUCGUACUGCGGCAAGGCGUUCCCCCGCAGCGCGAAUCUCACGCGGCACCUGCGGACGCACACGGGCGAGCAGCCCUACCGCUGCAAGUACUGCGAGCGCUCCUUCUCCAUAUCGUCGAACCUGCAGCGCCACGUGCGCAACAUCCACAACAAGGAGCGGCCGUUCCGAUGUCGCCACUGCGACCGCUGCUUCGGCCAGCAGACGAACCUCGACCGGCACCUGAAGAAGCACGAGGCGGAGGGCGGAGACGAGGGCCGCCGGCGGUCGCCGGAGGAGACGUACUUCGAGGAGAUCCGGUCGUUCAUGGGCCGCGUGGCGCCCGCGCGCCGCGCCGCCGCGGCCGCCGCCGCCGGCGUGGUCGACCACACCUGAUGGCGGGCGCGCGCCGCACUAAUCCGGCCGGUGUCCGAGUGACUCUCGUGUAAAUAUUGUGAGAUACGGCUCGAUUGCAUCGCGCCCCCUCGAAAUGCCAAAACUCAUAUUUUCUGUCGUCCGUCGUCACCGCCGGUUUCCGCUGGCGCUUCUCGGAGAUGUCCGCAGUUUCGACGAAGCCGCGAGAUGCGGCGUCCUGUAUACUAUUAUGUAAAUAAUUUUCGUUCGUUUUAGUCUAGUGUGUACCGAAUUUUCUCUACCGAUAAAUAAAAGCAGGAUUUAGUUUUAAAUUUUGUAUCAUAGGCUCCUAGCGUAUCGUAAGUAGUGUCAAUGUAUUAUUUUUGUAAAUUUUGCUUAUUUCGAUGUUAUGUUAGAGUUUUAGUCUGAGAGGAAACGCCGGUUACCAGUAAUCGUAUAAACUUGUUGCUUAUUGAGAAUAAAUAAUUUUAUAAAAUGUUAGAGAAUUUAUUUGAAAUGAGCAUAUAUUUGGUGGAGAUAUUAUAUCGAAUGUUGUGUAAAUUAUUAUAUCUAUAGGCGAAGCCGCCGCAAAAACGAAGUGUUCAUAGUGUUCAAAUUGUUAUGUUCAGACUGCAAAGAAAUGUUUGAUGCAAACGUUUUAUAGUAGUUGAUAAAAUGUAAAAAGUUCAGAUUUUUGUAAUAUUCGCUAACUGUGAUUGUAUUUAUAUUGGCGGUCUAAAAGUUAAAUAAUCCAUGUAAAGAACUCUCAAAGAACUAGUGUAAACGUUCCUUUAUGUAUAGAUAGAUCUCUAUUAUUGUUACGAGUAAUAAAGUUUUUAAUAUAUGA